AUGACAGAGCGAGAAUAUAGAAGUGCUAUGCGUAAAUGGAAAACUGCAAAUAAGAAACGUCGAGAACGACAAAAAACUGCUCAACAAAUUAUGGACAUUACACCGACGUCGAGCCCGCGGUCAGGAACUCCAGUUUUACGGAGGUCUAGAGGCCGAAAACAAAUAAGAAGAGAUAGAUCUGCAGUGUACAGAAAUAAUUUGAAAUUGCAGGAAGAAAUAGAAAAGUUGAAAAGAAUAUGUAGUAAAUAUAAAAAGAGAUAUCAAAAAGCUAAAACGUCAAUCAAACACACGGAACAAGUAAAUAAGCUUAACCAAAAUAAGUUUUCAACAUUAUCCAAUGCCAUCAAAGACCAUUACAGAAGUUUGAAGUCAAUCAAAGAGAAACAAUCAUUAAAACAAAUUUUCAAGGAGAAUGCUAUCUAA